GUCUUGGAGCGGCUAAAGGGGAGGGGCUUGGGGAUCGGAACCGUCGGGAGCGCGUCACUCGGUCGAGCUGCAGUGCUCGCUUGAGUCCCGGCGUCCCUUUUCGUGUGGCUCAUCUCCGCUUCAGCAACCGUGGCACCAUGGCUGUGCUGGUCGUUCUCCUGUUCUUUCUGGUGGCGGGUGCUUUAGGGAAUGAAUUUAGCAUAUUAAGAUCGCCAGGGUCUGUUGUUUUCCGAAAUGGAAAUUGGCCUAUACCAGGAGAUCGAAUCCCAGACGUAGCUGCACUGUCCAUGGGCUUCUCUGUAAAGGAAGACCUGUCUUGGCCAGGGCUUGCCGUGGGUAACCUAUUCCACCGGCCACGGGCUACCAUUAUGGUGAUGGUGAAGGGGGUGGAUAAACUGGCACUUCCGGCAGGCAGCGUCAUCUCCUACCCUUUGGAGAAUGCAGUUCCUUUUAGUCUAGACAGCGUUGCAAAUUCCAUUCACUCCUUAUUUUCGGAGGAAACACCUGUAGUUUUGCAGUUGGCUCCCAGCGAGGAGAGAGUGUAUAUGGUGGGGAAAGCAAACUCGGUGUUUGAAGACCUUUCAGUCACAUUGCGGCAGCUCCGUAACCGCCUGUUUCAAGAAAACUCCCUUCUCAACUCUCUUCCCCUCAAUUCUCUGAGUAGGAAUAAUGAGGUUGACCUGCUCUUUCUCUCCGAACUGCAAGUGCUACAUGAUAUUUCCAGUUUGUUGUCUCGUCAUAAGCAUCUAGCCAAGGACCAUUCACCCGACUUGUAUUCAUUGGAGCUGGCAGGUUUGGAUGAACUUGGGAAGCGUUAUGGGGAAGACUCUGAACAGUUCAGGGAUGCUUCUAAGAUCCUUGUUGAUGCUCUCCAAAAGUUUGCAGAUGACAUGUACAGUCUCUAUGGUGGGAACGCAGUGGUAGAGUUAGUGACUGUCAAAUCAUUCGACACAUCCCUUGUGAGGAAGUCAAGGACCAUCCUUGAGGCAAAACAAGAGAACACCCAAAGUCCCUAUAACCUUGCAUAUAAGUAUAAUUUGGAGUAUUCAGUGGUUUUCAACUUGGUACUGUGGAUUAUGAUCGGCUUGGCCUUGGCUGUGAUAAUCACCUCUUACAACAUUUGGAAUAUGGAUCCUGGAUAUGAUAGCAUCAUCUAUAGGAUGACAAAUCAGAAGAUUCGAAUAGAUUGAAUUUUCCUUAUGCUAGACUUAGACAACAGGUUUGGUAAUUGGCUGUUUUGUUAAAGUAUAUCUUUUAGUGUUGUUUAAAGUAGACGGUAUACCUUAAGUUUAUUAAAAAGAAAACAUAGAUUUCAUUAUCUAUUUUGUGUGUGCCUAUUGUUUCUUUAGAGUGAUUUAUAGUGUUGACAAGUUGAAUUGUGAUAUAGAUUCAAUGUGCUCAAAUAUUGUUGACAUAGCCAUUUAAUAAUGUAAUUUCAUUCCAUUUAAUACAUGUGGAAAUACGCACUGAGAGAACUGUAAACCACUUAGUCAUGUUACUCGCGCUGGAGAACGCACUGGGUUUCUUAGAGAACCUUAAAAUGCUUGACUUCUUGCACAGGCUACGUAGUGCAGCUGUUAGUCACUAUGAACUAUUUGUAAAUGUCUUGAUCUGCUGUAAAUAUCUCUGAGACAGGAGGAAAUAUGUUAACUAAGAGCAGCCCAAAAAUACUGGAUAUGCUUAUCCAAUCGCUUAGUUCUGGACGUGUAUAUGACUAGCAAGCUAGCUGUUUUUAAUCUCUUCUGCAAGUUUGGUGAUCCGUGUGGUUUAGUAGAGAUAUUAAAAUUAUUAAAAAUACUAUGUUGAUUUCAGAAGAGACUAGCUUUGUGGAAUAUAGAUGCUUGUAAUUAGGUACAUAAAAACAAAUCUGUGGGGGAUAUCUUGAAGCAUGAAUAUAAAAUAUUUUUAUUUCUGUACUUUCCCCCUGUGAAGUUACUCUUGGUUUGUGUGUGGUAUGGCUUCAAUCUGUAGACUAUUAUAUGGAAGUGGAUGAUUGCUACUGUUCAUGUGCAAAUGGACCAAUAUCUAUAUAGAAUGACAAAUAAAGAUAAUGAUUCAAAAUCUGUGUCACUGCAAUUCUGAAUUUAUAUUAUAAAAACCUAAUUAAACAGGGUGUUAUUUCACCAGGACUGGCUGGUUUAUUAUACAAAGGGUGAAUUCACAUUGUUUUCUACAUUUGCUUAUUCUCAUUGCCUCCUAAGACUUUGUACCAAUGUAAGGAAAGUAUUUUAAUUGCUAUUCCUGUUACUGAACUUGUGCAUAAUAAAUUUACACUUGACUGUGUAGGAAAGGUUUAAAUUUUCCUGUAGCCUUUUAAAAGAUGAACAAACACUUGGUUAGAAAAUAAAGGGCUUUCUAAGGUGAGGAA